CGGCGGCGGCGGCGGCGGCGGCGGCAUCCUCGGGAUGGGGGCCCGGCUCUCCGCUCUCAGGCUACCCGCCCGCUCUCCCCGCGUUGACGCGGUCGGCCGCAGGCCAGCUUGCGCUCCUACUCCUCGGUCAGUUUGGAUAUACAUAUAUUUGUGUGGGAAUGGCAUCUCUUCAAGUGAGCAUUGUGGGAAGUAUUCUUUCUUGGAAUUUUGCUUCUUUGGGCCAGGCCUGUAGAUGAGACUUGUUCCAACUCGAAGAAGUUUUAGAAACUAGAAGUCAGACAAGUGUUGAUCUUGACCAGCUGGAACAGAGGCCAUUCUUUGACUGAGGAAGAUGACCACAAAAGAGAAAAAAGGAACAGACCUGGAUCUUUUGGGCCCUAUCUCAGUAAAGGAGGAGGAAGAGGAUGAAGACACUUGGGGUCAGGUCUCAACCCCUAUCCAGAAACUUGAAAUACCUUGGGGAAAAAUAGCAACCCUGGAAAAAGUCCAGGUGUCAGCUCUGAUGCCACUCAACAACCAUUCAUCAGCUGGAACCCCUUUGCUGCCUGCUAUGAUGACCAGAUACAAGGACAGAAAGCUAGAAAAUCAUAGGAGUGUGGAUGGUAAGACCAGAUCUGGAAGUGAUGAAAUCUCUGAAGAAAAAGGAUCCCAUACAGUGGCAUCAGGAAGACUCCAGCGCACUAUUCCCCUGGGAUCUGAGUUUAUAGAAGCUUGUGAAGAAGAACAUGGUGAGGAAGUGAGGCAGCUGAUAAUCCCUAUUAGGAAGAUAGUAAAGGAAGAGAACCAAGAUUUCCAAAGAAUUAUGGACAAAGAUAAAACAAGCUCCUCAGGAGAGAAAAGCCAGAACUGUGAAAAACUGGGAGAAAGUUUCAAUCUUGGCUCAAAACUUGCUACACACAAGAGAAUUCAGAAUGCUUAUGCAUGUGAUGAAUGUGGAAAAGCCUUCAGUCAGAGUUCUACCCUUAUUGUACAUCAAAGGGUUCACACUGGAGAGAAACCUUAUGAAUGUCAGGAGUGUGGGAGAGCCUUCACAAGGAGUUCCCACCUUAUACGACAUCAUAGAAUCCACACUGGAGAAAAACCCUAUAAAUGUAAUGUGUGUGGGAAAAUGUUCAGUCAGGGCUCAAGCCUUAUUGUCCAUCAGGGAGUCCACACGGGGGAAAAACCCUAUGAAUGUCAGGAAUGUGGGAAAACCUUCAGUCGAAGUUCACGCCUCAUUGUCCACCAGAGAAUCCACACUGGGGAAAAGCCCUAUGAAUGUAAUGAAUGUGGGAAAGCCUUCAGUUGUAGUUCUUAUCUUAUUGUUCAUCAGAGAAUACACACUGGGGAGAAGCCCUAUAGGUGUAAUGAGUGUGGGAAAGCCUUUGGUCAGAGUUCACAUCUUAUUUUCCAUCAGACAACUCAUGCUCGAAAGAAACAUAAGCUAGCUGCACUGGUUAGAGCACCAUCUUGACAGGGCAAAGUUUCAGCUGUGUUAGGUCAGUAAAUAUUUCUGUGCUCUUCCAUUUGCCUAAUAAGAAUGCUAGGUGCUAUGGGAGUGAGAGUUAAGUUGGACAUUGAACAUCAAUUGGAUAUAGAUAGAGAGGAGAAGGAAAGGCAUUCCAGAUGAAGGGAACAGAAAGAAGAAAGGUAGUAGGAGUGAGUUGUGUGUAUGUGUAUGUGUGGGGAGGGUUGGGAAGGGGUAGAAUAGAAGGAAUAAAUUAUUAGUAUAUAGUGGUAAAAAAUUGAUUAGAUAAAUUGGGCCAAAUUAUGGAGGACCUUAAAUUAAGAACUCAAUAAAUGUCCUGAACCUAUUUAUGUAAGAAAUGAGCCAUACUUAUAGUUGUUUUCAGUGAUCAAAUAUGUUUUGAGCUUUUUUUUUUUUUCAUGUAUAUGGCCAAUAGGUGGAAGGAGGAAAAAAAGAAUCUUUAGGAUGUAGUAGAGCUCUAAAUCUUAUGUAAGGUAAAAAUUUCCCAUGCCAUCCCCUGAUGGGAAAGAUUCUUACUUUUCUCAGAUCUUCAUGAGGGAGAAUGGGAAAUUUUCAGGGAAAUGAUGGCACGCUAAAGAGUAAUUUACCCCCCUUUUUAGAGUGCACAGGUUGGAUAUGGGUGGGGUCAUAAAGAAAAAAAUCUGAUUCACAUUUUAAAAUAGUACUGAGGGGCAGCUACGUGGCCAGUGGCUAGUGCACUGCCUGAAGGCAGGAGGACACUAGUUCAGAUUCAUCUUCAGAUAACUUAACACUAAUUGUAUGACCCUGGACAAGUCACUUAAUCUCAAUUACCUCCUCCCAAAAAAACAACCAACUUUCUCCCCCACCCUCAUGUUUACAGAAAAAGCUAUCUUCCUUGCACUGUAAGAGAAUUCAUUUAAAUCUUUAUUCUAAUAGGUAUUUUACAUUCUACAUAAAUCAUAUAGGGACAUAUGGGUUCUUAUAGUGGGCCUCAAAUUUUAAUGUUCAUUAUUUGCUUACCAAAUAAUGGCUCACUUCCACAAACACAAAAAUGCUGACAAAGAUAGUGCUGUUCUGUUUUGCUCAAAUUCUGUGCCCACACCCAGCAUGGGUGGAAUCCCUUGAUGCUUUGGAAAGUUGCCCAUUUUAUUUUUCUACCUCUGGACCAACUUCUCAUCCAACUUGAACAAGUGACCAUCAUCUUAUGACUAUGAGAUUCCCCAUGCUUUGCCCAAUGUGUGGAUCCUCUGGCCUGGAUUUUUUGGCCCUCAAAAGCAGGGUCCAUCAACCAAUGAGAUUCUGUAUUUUACCAUGCCUCGUUUGAAAAUUUGGGAACUCUGAAAAAAAGGUCCUGGAAGAAGAGAGUACCUCAGAUUGUGAGAAGGAUCUAAGGUCCAUUCAUUAGAGGGGACCACAGACCCUUUAAUAAAGUGCCAUUGGCUCAGA